UGGUACCAGCACUGCUUCCAGUUCACCAGGUUCAGCCCAGUGACAAGGGAGAGGCCACAGCCCUACACCAUGGCUCGCAUUAAGGAGACUGACCACAAAGCCACCGCCUGGCGGGCCCCCAGGAAGCCCCUGGCCACCAAAGCCGCCAGCAAGAGGGUCCUGGCUACACGAGGGAUCAAGAAGCCUCACCGCCACAGGCUUGGCACCCUGGCGCUGCACAAAACCAGGAGGUACCAGAAGUCCAUGCAGCUGCUUCUGUACAAGCUGACCUUCCAGCGCCUGGUGCACGAGAUUGCCCAGGCCAUCAACCCAGACCUGCGCUUCCAAUGUGCGGCAACUGGCGAAUUCAGGGAAACAGCGAGGCCUACCUGGUCCCCCUCUUUAAAGACAUCAACCUAUGUGUUAUCCAUGCCAGGUGUGUCACAAUUAUGCCCAGAGACAUGCAGCUGGCCUGCCACCUAUGCAGAGAGGGUGCUGAGGAGCCCACGCUCCUGGGAAACGCUGCACUCGAGACGGCUUCGUUUCCAUUUGGUUGUGUUUUUCAACGUCUCUGUGUUAAUCAUAGUUCUGAUAUUAGCAGUUCUCUUCAUUUUUGGUUUUAUGUCCCUCAUGGGGUCCAAAAGUAGCCCUGCACAUGAUUAG